AUGCCUAGAGGCAAAAAGGCUUCAACUGGUUCUUCUAGAUCAAGAGACGGUCCGAGGAGGACGAAGUGCCAAUCUGCUUCAGAGAUUGCGCGCAAUGUCAAUAGCUUUGAGACUUGGGCGACCUUCCAAGGAUGCGAAGAGGUCGCAUAUAGAGAUAUACCUCGCGACCUCAAAGCAGAUGUCAAAAAGGUGUUCAAGAUUAGGGCACAACUACCCAAGGACUGGUUGGAUAAGUCAUCGGAUGCGAGUAGGGAACUACUAGCAUGGCUAUCUCCUGAAUUUGUUUGCUUCAUCCGUAGUAUCGGAGAGGCGUCUCCAGAGUUAUUCACUGCUAGAGUGUCACCCGAGACCCUGAGGGAGCUUGUCUGUGAUUUGCAAGUGGUUCAUUCUGCAUGGAAGAGGCUGCAGAAGAUGCGUGAGUCGAGCAGAAAGUGGUCUGAAGCCGAUUAUGUUGCAAACGUAUAUAACGUCUUUCGUACUCCUGCCGUGAGCAAUAGUGACUUCCGAGCACAAUGUUCAGUCACUCUAGCACAACCUCUAGCCUGUUUUACACUGGCGCCAAAAUCUGUGCGGGUUCUGAACGCGAAGUCAGUGUCACCGGACUCCGCCAUUUAUAUUCCAUACCAUCUCGUUCGCGAGUUAUCAUUCGAUGCCAAGUCACCAUACAAAGUUCUAAAGGCACAUCCGACUGCCACGAAUCAUGGCAGCAUUGGAGGCGAAUCUUCCUUCCGUUAUCAAGCAACACCUUGUACAAAACUUCCGGAACGACCUACGUUCGAGUUCGUGAGCGCGUUCUGGGAGGAUAAGAAGCCAAUGCAUCACCUCUUAGAGGAUGCAUAUCGUCAGAAUAGGAUGGCGACAACCUCCGCAGUAAGACAGUUGCACUUCCUCCGCAUCCGUGCGCCAAUCUUUGGGUUGGUUUGGGCACAGGGCACCGUGCGAGCCCAUGUGGAUUGGUGGGAUUCUAAGCCGGACACAGAGUACCCGUCUGUCCGCUCUGCGGCCUAUCCGGGGCCAAAGCACAGCAGUCGCAGAGCCAGCGGUAUCUUCCACGAAUGGAAUUUGGACGAGCCGACUGAUAUCUUGCAGGUCUUUUUCCUGGUCAGGAACAUCGAUUGCUGGACGGUCGAUGGCUUUCGCGACCGUGUUGUGGAAGGAAUCAGUCAACUUGUGACCGAUGUCACAGUGAACGGGCACAAAUUUACGCCAUGGAAGCGGAAAGGAGACCUCUAUCGCUCCAUCCCGAUGGAGGUGCCAGCAAGCCGGCCGAGUUUCUCGGUUACGCCCACCAUCUCGCCGUCUAGUACGCCUCCUAGGAAGCGCAAGCACGCUGGAAGAUAA